GAGUUUUAUAUUUGUUGAUCUUUUAAAGCAUGCCAUCUGGAGCACCUUUGUUUGUUCUUAACCGUACAGCUCGUGGAGAGCAGGGGAAGUCUGUGCAGUUAGCCAACAUCGAAGCGGGGAAGACUGUUGCCGAUGUAAUAAGAACAUGUUUAGGUCCAAGGGCAAUGUUGAAAAUGCUUAUGGAUCCGAUGGGCGGGAUAGUAAUGACUAACGAUGGAAAUGCAAUAUUGAGAGAGAUUACUGUUGAGCACCCAGCUGCCAAAUCGAUGAUAGAAAUCGCGCGGACUCAGGAUGAGGAAGUUGGUGAUGGUACUACCUCAGUAAUUAUCCUCAGUGGAGAAAUGUUAGCAGUCGCUGCUCCCUGUUUGGAAAAACAAGUGCACGCUACAAAAAUUAUAUCCUCAUUCCGAAAAGGCCUUGAUGAAAUGCUUGUAUUGCUUCGUGAAAAAUUGAGUGUUCCAUGUGAUGCAUCGGAUGAACGAGAGGUUCAAAAGAUAGUUCAAAGUUGUGUUGGGACAAAACUCAUAAGUCAAUGGUCCGACCUAGCUUGCAAGAUCGCCUAUGACGCCGUAAAAAUUGUAACAGUGGAGACCGAUGGUCGUAAAGAAAUAGACAUUAAACGGUACGCAAAAGUGGAAAAGAUUCCUGGUGGGUCUGUUGAAGACUCUGUUGUUCUUGAUGGCGUUAUGUUUAAUAAAGAUGUUGUACAUCCUCGUAUGUCAAGAAGAAUAGAAAAUCCCAGAAUCUUGCUCAUGGACUGUAAUUUGGAGUAUAAGAAGGGUGAAAGCCAAACAACAAUGGAGUUAUCAGAUGAUAAAGACUUCACUCGAGCUUUAGAAAUAGAAGAGUCCUUCAUCAAGGAAAUGUGUGACCAAAUUAUCCAAUUUAAUCCAAAUGUUCUUAUAACCGAAAAGGGAGUUAGCGACCUCGCUCAGCACUACUUGAGCAAAGCCAACAUAUCCGUCAUAAGGCGACUCAGAAAAACAGACAAUCUACGCAUCGCGAAGGCAUGCGGUGCUACUAUCGUCAACAGACCAGAAGAAAUUAAAGAGGAAGAUAUUGGCACCCAAGCGGGUCUUUUUGAAGUAAAAACAAUAGGAGACGAGUAUUUCACAUUCAUAACAAAGUGCAAGAAUCCCAAAGCUUGCACUAUUCUACUCAGAGGUGCCAGCAAGGAUGUACUCAAUGAAGUCGAACGCAAUUUGCAAGAUGCCAUGAAUGUAGUUCGUAAUGUUAUGUUGGAGCAGCGAUUAGUUCCUGGAGGUGGUGCCAUUGAAAUGGCUCUGGCUCAAGAACUAACUCAAAAAUCGAAGUCAGUUAAUUCUGCUGUUCAGCAAAUGGUUUAUCUCGCCAUGGCACAAGCCUUAGAAGUGAUACCUAGGACGUUAGCUAAAAAUUGUGGUGCAAAUGUCCUUCGACUUAUUACAGAGCUUCGUGCUCGUCAUGCUACUGAUCCUGCUAAGUAUUGGACAUUCGGUGUGAACGGAAUUUCUGGAAGGAUUGUCGAUAUGAAGGAACUGGAUAUAUGGGAUCCCUUGACAGUAAAGGCCCAAACUCUUAAGACAGCAAUCGAGGUAUGUUUACACUUAACCUUUUACUAAUUUUUAGACGGCGAUUUUGCUGCUGCGAAUUGAUGAUGUUGUUUCUGGGGUGAAGAAACAAUCGGGAGAUAAUACACCAACGCCCACAACCACUGAAUAAACUUUCUGUCCCACCAAGCGUUUGUUAACUUGAAAUAUAUAUCGAUUCUGCCUGCGU